AUGUCCGGGGCGCCGCUAUCCAGCGAUCGGUACUCCAACCUCUCGAAGGAGAAGCUUAUCCGGAAGCUCCAGGAGGCGCAGGCUUUGCUCGAUAAGCAGAAAUCGCAAGCUGUGAAGCAGGAGGACCAACAACACUUGCACGUGGUUGCGUAUAGCUACUUGUGUUUGUCCAAACUUCUAAAAAGGUUGGUUUAUAUAUAG